UGUAUUGUUUUAACCAAAAAAAAAAAAAAAAAAAAAAAAUCAUUUUGAUAAAUAAUAAUUUUCUGUUGUUACAUGUGACUGGAUUAUGGUGCAGAAAAUGACUUGUGAUUAGAAAAACUUGAAUGGUAGAUUUAUGACAUUUACAGUAAUUGUUAUAACAUGAAUAAUAUAGAUCUAGUAUAAAUAAAUAAAAAUUAAGAGAUUCAGGUUAUAAAUUUCCACAGUUAUUAAAAAUUGGUGAAAAUGUCUGAUGACAAGUUUUAUAGGUUUGAGGAGUCUGCUUCACCUGUGGUUAUAGGUGAGGAGAAACCUAAAAGCUGUUCACGGGAGAGACUGUGCUGGAUUUUACUGGUUCUUUUACUAAUUGGUGCUGUAAUUGGUGUAAGUGUUUAUUUUACCGGUAAGGAUGAUACAGCGUCGGAUGGAAAAUUGGACGCACAAACAGGCGGUAAAGUUACAACCGGAGCUCCGGUUGUUACUGUAACAACCAAAGGUACUGCAGCAACAACAUCAAAAACAACUGAAAAACCAGACAUUCAAGAAUUGUAUAAGAGAAUUGAUUGUAUACCGGAAGCACAUGGUGGGGUUGUUAAGGCAACACCGGAACUCUGCACCAGACGUAGAUGUGUAUACUCAGAUUCUGGCAUUGCAGGAAUUCCAGUAUGUUAUUUCAAGCCAGGCCAGGGGUAUAGGGCAGCUCGUUAUGAAAACACCAAUCUAGGGUUCCGUGUAAAUUUGGAGAAGAAAGUAGAUGGGCCUUUUGGCAGUGAUUUAGAUACAGCAGUUUUCAAUGUAGAAAUGAGGGGAGACAAUAUGAUUCGCUUCACAUUUGAUGACCCAGUGUUUAAUCGUUACAAAGUCCCAUUAGAAGUGAACCUACCAGAGGAAAAACCAAAAUCAGCAAAAUAUGAGAUUAAGAUCACAUCAAACAGUACAUUUGCCUUCCAAAUUAUCAGAAAAUCAACAGGAAGAGUUCUUUGGGAUACUGGUGUUGGUGGUCUGGUAUUGUCUGACCAGUUCCUGCAGAUCAGUACCAAGUUACCAUCAGAAGAUGUGUAUGGAUUUGGUGAAAAUCUUCAUGAUACAUUUAGACAUAACUUAAGCACAACUACAACCUGGCCUAUGUUUGCCAGGGACCAACCUACAUCACACUGGAAUCAAGCUAACUUGUAUGGUGUACAUCCAUUCUACACAUGUAUGGAAGAUGAUGGCAACUCCCAUGGAGUUUUCUUGUUAAACAGCAAUGCAAUGGAGUACAGUUUUAACCCUCUACCCAUGUUGACAUAUAGAACAAUAGGUGGUAUUCUAGAUUUCUACAUGUUUCUUGGACCCGAGCCAGAAAAUGUUGUCCAACAAUAUACUGGGUUGGUUGGACGACCAUACAUGAUGCCAUAUUGGGCUCUGGGGUUCCAAAUAUGUCGCUAUGGUUACAAGAACACGGCAGAGAUUGAAGCUGUUGUAAACAGUACAAAGGAAUAUAAUAUUCCUCAUGAUGUGCAAUAUGCAGAUAUUGACCAUUUUGAUGCUAACAUGGAUUUUACACUGGACAAGACAAACUUCGGUGAUUUACCUCAGUAUUUCACCAAAUUGAGGGAAAAUGGCAUGAGAACUGUUAUUAUUCUGGAUCCGGCAUUUAUUAGUAGCAAGAAAGGGUAUGAGCCGUAUGAUAACCUGACUGCCCUCCGAGGCUCGGUGAUGUGGCCGGAGGAACUAAAUGUAGCAGACGAGGACAUGGAUUCAACAAGAGCUUUACUUGGUUACGUAAGUCAUGUGUGGCCAAGUGGGAAAUCAGUAUUUCCAGACUUCUUCAAGAAAGAAACACAAGACCUAUGGUCCAAGUUGAUUGUUAAACAUCGUAAUGUUGUCCCAUUUGAUGGCAUGUGGAUUGAUAUGAAUGAGCCUGCUAAUUUUGGAACAAAUCUUGAGAAACCAUGGAACUGGCCAGAUAAUGUUAAACCAUGGAGUCUACAUUGUCCUAUCAACAAUCAGUAUGAGGAUCCUCCAUAUAGAACAAAGGCUGGAUAUGGCUUUGAUAAUGCAACAUCUGGAUUUGAGGGUAGAAUAAGUGACAAGACAAUAUGUAUGGUCAGUAGACAGGGCGAUAAUGGGGAAUAUAGACACUAUGAUGUCCACAGUCUGUAUGGCUGGAGUGAGGCCCCACCCACUUUGAAGGGUAUGAGAGAGGCCACAGGUGAGAGAAGCUUUGUGUUGUCAAGAUCAACAUAUCCUGGAAGUGGAAAAUAUGCUGGACAUUGGCUAGGUGACAAUGAUGCUGAUUGGUCGGACUUGAAGAAAUCUAUCAUAGGAAUGCUUGAAUUUAACCUUUUCGGCAUACCAUAUGUAGGAGCAGAUAUAUGUGGGUAUUUUAAUGAUGGGUCUGCAGAAUUAUGUAAAAGAUGGCUACAACUGGGAGCUUUCUAUCCAUUUAGUCGUAACCACAACCAAAAAGAUGCCAAGGACAAUCAUCCUACAGUUUAUGGUCCUGAAGUUGCUAAUGCAGCGAGGGAAGCACUGGAAACUAGAUACUGGUUAUUACCCUAUCUAUAUACACUGUUCCAUAAAGCACACACAGAGGGCAGCACUGUAGUCCGACCACUGUUUCAUGAAUUUCCUGAGAAUAAGUUUGCAAGGAGUAUUUAUGUAUACAGAGAGUUCCUCUGGGGGAAGGCAUUACUUAUAGCACCAAUAACAGAUCCAAACCAGAAUGAGUUGGAUGUAUACAUGCCAGGUGGAGCAUGGUAUGACUUCUAUGAUGGUCACAAACAGAGUAGUAAACUAAUUACCAGACAGGUUGACAGUAACUCUAAGAUAGGAUUAUUUGUGAGGGGAGGUUUCAUUCUACCAAUGCAGAGGCCUGCAAAUAACACAGCUUACAGUCGCAAGAACCCAUUAAAACUCCUGGUUGCCCUUGACGACAGUGGUUCUGCAGAAGGUGAAUUAUUCUGGGAUGAUGGAAAUUCCGUGGAUACAUAUGAGAGUGGAAAUUACUUCUUUGCAAGAUUUAAGGCACAGAGGAACUCUUUAACCAUGGAGAUAGAUCAUGACAAUACACCAGACCUUACUUACCUCCAUUUUGAAGAGAUUCAGAUAUAUGGGGUACUUGUUGGAGUAACUAGGGUCUAUUGUGAUGGAAAGGACUUAAACUAUACAUCUCAGGAUGACAUGAAUGUGUUAACUAUUAGCAACUUGACUAUACCACUCACUAGAACUUUUACUAUUUACUGGAGUUUAGAGACAGAGGAUGAAAGGGAGCGUCAUGAUUGCAUGCCAGAAUCCAUGGGUGGAGUUGUGAAGGUCACCAAAGAGUCAUGUGAAAAACGUGGUUGUAUCUACAAUGGGGAUGCCUCCCAGGGACCAACAUGCUACCUGAAUUCUGUAAACUAUGGCUACACCAUUAUCAACACCACUUCUACAGAAUUUGGUUCUAUAUAUCACCUAAAACAUAAGGGACGAAAUAACCCAUUUAGUAACCUUGGAAGCCCAGAUAUACCUGAUGUUUUAUUUACUGUUGAAAUGAGAGGAAAUGAUGUACUUAGAUUUAAGUUUGAAGAUGCCACCAAGAAAAGAUAUGAGGUUCCUAUUCAGAUGAAUCUUGCUUCAACCAAAGGUUUAUUGCCCAGAUACAAGAUCAAAAUUACAGGGGGUGACAAUUUCUCCUUCCAGGUGUUGAGAACUAGCAAUGGAGAAGUUCUGUGGGAUACAGGUAUAGGUGGCCUUACGUUUUCAGAACAGUUUCUACAAAUAUCAACAAAGUUACCCUCUAAGAAUAUUUAUGGUUUUGGAGAGAAUGUACAUGACAGUCUCCGACAUGAUCUCAAUAACAGGAUGUGGCCAAUGUGGUCUAGAGAUCAACCUGCAGGGGGUCAUCUAAAUCACUAUGGAGUGCAUCCAUUCUACAUGUGUGUGGAGGGACAAGAAAAUGGUGGUCAUUCACAUGGUGUGUUUCUACUCAACAGCAAUGCCCAGGACUACAGUUUUAACCCUCUUCCCAUGUUGACAUAUAGAACAAUAGGUGGUAUUCUAGACUUCUACAUGUUCCUAGGACCAGAGCCAGAAAAUGUUGUCCAACAGUAUACUGCGGCUAUUGGACGACCUUACAUGCCAGCAUAUUGGUCUCUAGGUUUCCAACUAUGUCGCUAUGGUUAUAACAAUAUAACAAACCUUCAAGAUGCUGUGGAAAAAACAAAGGCUGCUAGGAUACCUCAUGAUGUGCAGUAUGCAGAUAUUGACCACAUGGAUGAGAGGAUGGAUUUUACAAUAGAUAAUAAAAACUUCCCAGGCUUAAAUACUUACUUCAAGUCACUUCAGAAAGAAGGAAUGCACAUUAUUAUCAUCUUGGAUCCAACAUUAAUUAUUAAUGUGCCCAAUUAUGAUCCAUAUACAAAAAUGACAUCUACAAACAGUAACAUCAAAUGGCCUGUAGGAAAUGUUCCUGCCGGAAGUUCCAACAACAACAACGAUCUUCUUGGAUAUGUGUGGCCAAGCGGCAAAGUAGUUUUCCCAGAUUUCUUAAAGAAUUCAACAAAAUAUGUAUGGCAAGAACUAAUAGAGAAGCAUCAUAGAAACAAUCUAACAUUUGAUGGGCUAUGGAUUGACAUGAAUGAGCCAGCAAACUUUGGUACUAAUGAAGAGAAACCCUGGAACUGGCCAGCUAAUGUCAAACCAUGGAGUCUGAACUGUUCCCUGUCUGGAAACACAUAUGAACAUCCUCCAUAUAGAACAAUGGCAGCCUUUGCCUAUGACCAUGAGGGUAAGGAAACAAUGAUAUCUGAUAAGACAGUGUGUAUGAGGGCUCUACAAGGGGAUGGUGGUAAAUACAAACAUUAUGAUGUUCAUAGUCUGUAUGGCUGGAGCCAGACUGAACCUACUCUUGAUGGUUUGCGAAAGGCUACAGGAAAGCGAGGUAUUGUAAUAUCUAGGUCAACGUUCCCCAGCAGUGGAAAACAUGCAGGUCAUUGGCUAGGUGACAAUAAUAGUGGAUGGACAGAUCUCCGUCACUCUAUUAUCGGAUCUCUAGAGUUCAACUUAUUUGGAAUUCCUUAUAUUGGUGCUGAUAUAUGUGGAUUCUUUUCUGACACAACACCUGAACUAUGUAAAAGAUGGAUGCAACUUGGAGCCUUCUAUACCUUCAGUAGAAAUCACAAUGGCCUUGGAAGCAAAAGACAAGAUCCUGGUUCAUUAGGUGCAGAUGUUGCUGAAGCAUCUAGAAUUGCCAUGGAAACAAGAUACUGGUUACUACCCUAUCUUUACACAUUGUUCCAUAAGGCACAUACUGAGGGACAUACAGUAAUGAGACCUCUUCAUCAUGAGUUCACAGAUGAUGAAAUGACCUUUGACAUUGACAAACAGUUUCUGUGGGGACCUUCCUUGAUGAUUUCUCCUAUUCUGUAUGAGGGACAGACAUCAAUCAGCAUGUACAUUCCAAGAGGUCCAUGGUAUGAUUUCUACACAGGAGAGGAGAUGGACACCCAGAAUGGCUAUGUUACAUUACCUGUACAGCCAGACUCCAAGAUCCCACUACAUGUACGUGCCGGACACAUUCUUCCUAUGCAGGCUCCUGCUAAUAACACUCAUUUCAGUCGUAAAAAUCCAUUUACUCUGCUUGUUGCCCUCAAGGACUCGGAGAAUGGAGGUAGAGGUUACACAGCUAAAGGUGAUUUGUUUUGGGAUGAUGGAGUCUCCAUUGAUACAUAUGAAAAUAAGAAUUACUUUUAUGCUAGAUUCAGCAGUGGACAUGACACAUUAAGUCUGACAGUGGAACAUGAUGAUCCAAGUUCAACAAUAAAUGGACUGUUUAUAGAUACAGUUAAAGUGUAUGGUGUGAGAAGUAAACCUAAAUUUGUGUAUAUAGGAGACACAGUCCAUACACAGCUCAACUAUGAUGAAAAUACAAAGGUACUAGAAAUUACCAACUUGAUGUUACAUAUGAACCAGGAUUUCAUGUUAGAAUGGAGGUAUUUCAAAAUGUUUCCCGACAAAAAAUCAAAUAUAAAUGCAGUUGAAUGUAGUAGCAGGUCCUGUAUAUAUGAUGGAACACAUGAUCUACCCUAUUUUGUGCCUAAAUGCUACAUGAAUAGGACAGCACAUGGCUAUGUAAGAGAAGUAACCCCUGUUACAGUCAAGGAUGAUUUUAGACUAUCUUUGAAAAUGAACAAAAAACUCACAAAUCCAACACUGUUUGGCAAUGAUAAAAUAAACCUAAGAGUGCAUAUUGAAAAGAAUUCAAACAAUAUUUUACAUGUGAAGAUCACAGACUGGGAUCAUGAGAGAUAUGAGGCUCCAGUGGAGUUAAAUCUUCCACAUGAGAAGUACAACAACCAGUCUUUAUAUGAUAUUCAGUAUUCUAACGAAAGAGAUGAAUUCUUUGUAAAAGUUAUACGAAAAGAUACCAAUACUGUAAUUUGGGACACAUCAGCAGGGCCUCUCAUCUUUUCAGAGCAGUAUCUUCAGAUUUCCUCCAAACUUCCAUCAAAGAAUUUCUAUGGUCUUGGUGAGCAUCGACAUUUCCACUUGAAACAUGAUCUUGAUUAUAGAACCUGGCCAAUCUUUACCAGGGAUGCUGCUGUUAACUCCCCUGAUUAUUCCAAUCUGUAUGGAGCACAUCCAUUUUACAUGAAUUUAGAAGAUGAUAAAGGCAAUGCCCAUGCUGUGCUUCUACUGAACACCAAUGCUAUGGAGGUGGUGUUAGAACCAAUGCCUAGAGUUACAUAUAGAACAAUAGGAGGUAUCUUAGAUUUCUACAUUUUCCUAGGACAGAGCCCAGAGGAAGUUAUUCAACAAUAUACAUCUGUAAUAGGUCACCCUGUAAUGGUACCAUAUUGGUCGCUGGGAUUCCAGCUAUGUAGAUGGGGUUAUGACAGUCUAGAUAAUAUGAAAGCUGCUGUAGACAGGACAAGGGCUGCCCAAAUACCUCAUGAUAUACAGUAUGCUGAUAUAGACCACAUGGAUGAGAGGAAAGAUUUUACCUAUGAUCAUGUCAACUUUGCAGGUCUACCAGAAUAUAUUAAAGAACUACAGGCUGGUGGAAUGCAUUUUAUCAUUAUUUUGGAUCCUGCCUUAAUUGCCAAUGAGACAGAUGGUUACUGGCCAUAUGACACAGGGGUUUCAGAGGAUGUCUUCAUCAAGUGGCCUAAUAAUACAGGACCAAUGGAUUCAAGACCUAAUAACUCUGAUAUCAUGCUUGGUUAUGUUUGGCCUAAAGGUAAAGUUGCCUUCCCAGAUUUUUUGAACAACGGCACCAAAGACUGGUGGAGCAAAGCAAUCACCAAGUUCCAUGAUACCCUUAAUUUUGAUGGUCUAUGGAUUGAUAUGAAUGAACCAGCAAACUUUGACACAAAUGGGCUGCAUCCCUGGAACUGGCCGGAGAAGGACAAACCAUACUGGACACUUAAAUGUACACUGGACAACAAUACUCUAGAUAUACCACCAUAUAAACCAAGAUCAGUUACUGGGGAUUAUUUAUCGGAGAAGACAUUAUGUAUGGUAGGUAAACAAGGUGGUGGGAAAUACAAUCAUUAUGAUGUACAUAGUUUAUAUGGCUGGAGUGAAAUGGAACCUACUUUAAGGGGUUUACGAAAUGCCACAGGUGAACGAGGCGUUGUAGUUUCAAGGUCAACAUACCCUUCAGGUGGGAAGUAUGGUGCCCACUGGCUAGGUGACAAUGACAGCUUCUGGAGAAAUCUACAUGACUCUAUCAUAGGAAUUAUUGAGUUUAAUCUCUUUGGAAUUCCCUAUACUGGGGCUGAUAUCUGUGGAUUUUUCUCAGAGCCUUCGGUAGAAAUGUGUCAGCGAUGGAUGCAACUUGGGGCUUUCUAUACUUUUAGUAGGAACCACAAUGGUAAAGGCAUGAAGGAUCAGGAUCCAGCUUUAUUUGGUGAGCAUGUGGCAUACUCGUCAAAAAUUGCAUAUUCAAUUCGAUACAGUCUACUGCCAUACCUAUAUACACAGUUUUAUAGAGUACAUACUGAAGGUGGUACUAUCAUCAGAUCUAUGAUGCAUGAGUUUCCAGGAGACAAGAGAACAUGGGAUGUUGAUACACAAUUCAUGUGGGCCAGUGCACUUCUCAUUGCACCAGUUUUAGAACAAGGACAUAUAUAUAAAGAUGUGUACUUACCAGAUGCUAGAUGGUUUCAUUAUUACACGGGAGAAGAAAUGUCAAGAAACAGGACAGUGACAGUGGAUGCUCCUAGAGAUUUUAUACCACUUUUCCUGAGGGGAGGGUAUAUAGUGCCAACACAAGAUCCUGCUAACAACACAGUUCACAGUCGAAAGAAUCCCAUGCAUUUGAUGGUCAUACCAGAUGACAACAUGAAGGCUGAAGGGAAUCUGUUUUGGGAUGAUGGUGUUGGAAUAGACACAAUUGAUAAGGGAAACUACUCCUAUUCAAAUUUUAAGUUCACAAAUAAUAAUCUUACAUAUACUGUGACGAAGCCACACAAGAUAGUUGGUGAUUUAAUGUUUAAAUAUAUCUGGGUAUAUGGUGUACAGAAUAAACCAUCCAAUCUGUCUGUUAGUGCUAAUAUGACAUACAAUAGUGAUACUAAGUUGCUAAUGGUUUCUGAUUUGAACUAUCGCCUGGAUACCAACUUUACAUUUAGCUGGAGCUGAUAACCAUUGUCAUCCUCAUCUACAAACAUCCAUUGACAGUCACCAAACAUUCUUCUAUAAUUGUCUACAUUGUCUACAUUAUGUGAUUGAGAAAAACAGAGCACAGAUGAAAUCUUUGGGACCAGGAACAAUAUAAAUAAUUUGUUUAAUGGCUAAAAUAAAGACAUUGACCAUUCUGCUCAAUCUUAUCUCAAAAACUAAUAUAAGAUAUGCCUAAAGCUGUAUAUGCCACCAGAUUAGCCAAAAUAUUUUGAGGAAAAACCUCGAAAAAAAAUGUACCGAGAUUUUAAGAAAAGUAAAAAAAUUCACAAUUUAGGAAAUAAUUAACAUGUUAUAUGCAAUUAAUGAUUGAUUUUGCUAUAUUUAUCACCAUAUUUUAACUGUGGACCUAACAUAGUAGGAGCUGCUUUGCAUAUGCUCUUUUUUUGUUACUUUUCAUAGAUUUUAAGUGCUAUUUGCAAUGUAUAAUCACUGGACAAUAUUUUACUUUUUAAUACAAUUUUUUUUAUGAAAAUUAUCAUGAAUCUAUGAAUCUGGAAGUAUGCUGCUUGAAAAGGCAGAAUCGUUUACUAUGAAUGAAUACAAAUUAAUUUUUUUUUUGCCGUCAUGAUUUACAGUGAAACAAAAUAUUGCAUGAAAUGCUUAUAAAUACUUUUUUAUGUAAGACUGAUCAUACAUUUGAAAAUCUACAUCUUUUUCAAUCUGUAUUUUUUAAUUUUUUGAAAAAAAAAGUAAAUAUAUGUGACAAAUAAAAGUAUGGUUGUGUGUAACCCAUCAAAUUGAAAUGAUCUUGAUGAGAUAUAAAUAAAAAAUGGAUUUAGCUCAAUACAGGAUUGGAGCAGUACCUCUAGACGCUUGCAGAAAUCAUGAUCACAAAAUAGACAAAUAUCAUUUUUUUCUCCGAUUUUUUAUAUUUUUCAUUCAUUAUCAUACAAAUAGGCGUGAAAAGAUGAAUUAGACCUAUUUCAGUUCAUUCCGUUGGGUAAAAAGGCAAGAUUUUAGCAUUUUAUGAUUCAAGCGCCUUGCCCGGUAUAUACCGGAAUACGGUAUUUAGUGUGGUGCUCCAAUCCUAUUUUUAGUCUCACUCAUAAAAAAUACCUUAGUGUAAAUGGGUAAAGAUAUAAAGAUGAAAAAUAUGUAAAUAGAGAAAAAAUAACAUAAUGUAAAUGUGUAGACAUAGUGUAUGUAUGAAUAAAGAACAACAUAGUGUAAAUGUGUAGAAUUAUACAGAGCAAAAAAUAGCAUAGUGUAAAUGUAUAGAGACAUAUAGAGAAAAAACACCAUACAUGUACUGUUAAUGAGUAGAAAUAUGUAGAGAAAAAUAACAUAGUGUAUGUCAUGUAGGUAGAGAUCAUAGGGAUACAAGUAUAGCAUUGAUUGGUAGAGAUAUACAAAUAAGAAGAAGAAAUAAAAGAUGUAAAUGUCAAGACUUACAUAAUAAAGCUUUAAUUUGUAGAGACAUAAAUACAGUUAAUGUGAUUGUUUAUAAAUAUUUUGAGAAUGAAAUUACUUAUGUAAAUAUUAACUUAGGUAUAAAUUGUUUAUUAUUAAUCAGAUCAAUUUAUAAACUUUAUGUUAUAAAUAACUUGUUUAGUUUUGGUCAUUUUUAAGUAAGACCGUGAGUGUUACCAUUUACAUAUAUGUGACUAAGAAAGAUUGACUGUCUUUAAUUGUUUAGAUUAUUAUGACUAUCUGUUAACAUGUCUCAUAUGAUUCAUUUGAGAUAUUAGUUACUAUACAAUAUUAGUAAAAUGGAUAGACAAUCAACGCAGGUUGAGAUUCAAGUUAAUAAAAUUUUAACAUUUAUUGAGAUUGUGAUAGAUCUCUUUUGGAAAGGGAGAUAAUUGGUUGAAUUGAUAGGAAGGAGGAUAAUAAAUGGGUAAAUGGAAAGGAAGGUAAUAGACUGGGUAAGAUCACAUUUGGAAAGAGAGAUGAUGGUUUGAAUACAUAGGGUAAAUAGGAAGGGGGGGGGUAAAAGAUUUGGUAAGGUCACAUUUAAAAGGGAGAUAAUAGGUUGAGUUAAGUCACAUUUGGAAAGGGAGGUAAUCGAUUUGGUAAGAUAUGUUUGAAAGGGAGAUACAUAGAAUGGGUGAGAUCACAUUUGGAAAGAAAGAUAAAUAUAUUUGGUAUGAUCACAUUUUGGAAAGGGAGAUAGAUUAAAGAUUGGGUAAAGUCUUAUUUUGAGUGGGAGUUAAUUCUCCAGGGUAGAGUAUUACUACAUACAAUUAAAAAACACCACCAAAGCUUUUUUAAACUAUGACCACCUUCUUGCCAUUUAUAUUCAGACAUACCUUAGUAUUUUUAAUAAUGAUUACUUCUUUUUGUAUGCUAGUAAAAACAUUCUGCAUGAUGUAUGUUUGAUCAUAUUUCAAUAUCCAUGACUGCUUUUUCAUGGCAUAUGUGAUCUGUAAUCAUUCCUUUAUUAUAGAAAUAUUAUCACAUUAUAUAUGAUAGUUACAAUACAACCAUUAAUUGCCUAUCUGACAUAAAUUGUCUUCUUUAUGCUUUCUGUUCCUUUACAUGUAUUUAUCUUAGUGCUACAUUAUCUUAUUCAGAAUUAUUCCGAUUUGUUUUAAUGAACUAAGAAUUACAGACAUAUCAUUAUAAAUAUGCCAUAUUCUCAUGAUUUAGAAAUACUUUUUUUUUUACAUAUUUUUGUAACAGAAUGAUUUUAUAUUAAAAUUACCUAUGAAGAUUU